AUGCGGAAAUGUCUUGGAAGACUUUUCUUUAUUUUAAUGUUGAUGGAAGUGUGUGAUUGUCAGAAUUAUAUACCGGAUGGCGUCAUUGUUCCUAUUGGUGCAAUUUUUACAGAGGAAGAUAGGCUAGCUAAGACGGCAUUCAGAUAUGCUCUGUCUAAACAUAAUGAUAUUAAGACAAAUCCUUUUGCCUUAUCAGCUUACAUAGACGAAAUAGACGUUUCCGAUAGCUUCACACUAGCGUCGGCAAUUUGUGACAGAAUGGCUGAUGGAGUAUUUCUAUUUUUCGGCGUAAAAAAUAUGACGUCACUAGAUAUUGUUCAGUCAUUCACAAAAACGUUCCACAUGCCUUACCUCUCUCCGAGCACAUCGAUGUGGACGCCAAAAUCACCGGACGGAUUUGAGGUGCACAUGAAACCAGACUACUCCCUGGCCAUUCUUGCAUUGAUCCUUUCCCUGGAGUGGCCAAAAGUGCAUUAUGUAUACGAUUCUGAUGAAGGUCUACAGCAUAUGCAGGAUGUAUUAUCGAACUUAAGAGACCAAAUGGAAAGCGGGUUUCACCCAUUUGACAUCAAAAUUGUGGCGCGAAGGAUAUACAAUAUCACGCAUGCGCAUGAUGAACUACGGCAGCUAGAUAAAGUUGAGGCAGAUCUGGACAAGCAUAAAUUUAUUGUGUUUGACCUCUCAUCUGAAAAAGCAUAUAAACACAUUUUACGACAGAUACCAGAAGUUGGAAUGAACAAAGAUGGUUACCAUUACCUUGUGGCCACAUUGGACUUCGCAAAUAUGGACAUGAGCCGUUAUAUUCAUGGAGGUGUAAACAUAACGGGUUUCCAGUUAAUUGACUUAGAGAGCAAAGUUCUUACAAACUUUAUUAAAGAAUGGAAUAAUAUUGACCACAGUUCACUUCCAGAUGCACGAGACACACUGUCGGAUACCACAUUAACGUACGAAGCUGCAUUGGCCGUUGAUGCGAUAUUUGUGGUAGAAAGAGCUCUAAAAGCCAUGGUGACAGAAAACCCGAAAAUAUUCAAAUCUACGUUUCGACGUAAAGAGGUUUACAAUAACAACAGAACAAAAGGAAUACCGUGUACAACGAAUCCACCUAUACCGUGGAUGCAUGGGGAAGCUAUCAUGGCUCAUAUAAAAACGCUUGAUUUCGAAGGACUUACGGGACGUAUAAAAUUUGAUGAGGACGGAUAUCGGGAGGACUAUAGAUUAAAUGUUUUUACUGUUGGCCUUGACACUGGACCAACAAAGCUUGGAUCAUGGACUCCAAGUGAUUUAAAAUUUAAAGGCCUGCAUGACAAUCCUGACGAUGAUUAUUACGAUCCUAAUGAAGAGAGACCUAUCAUUAUUACAAGUAUUAUAGCAGCUCCAUUUUUGAUGAAAAAGACGCCGGAUGAAAAGACUGGCAAAGCUUGGCUUGGAAAUGAAAGAUAUGAAGGUUACGUGAAGGAUCUUGCGGAUAAGAUAAGUGAAAAAUAUAAAUUUGAGUACGAGCUGCAAAUUGUUAAGGACGGGCAAUAUGGCGCGAAGUUAAAAAAUGGCACGUGGGACGGGAUGGUUGGGGAAUUAAUGCGAUCUCAAGCAGAUAUCUGUAUUGCACCAUUAACCAUUACUUACGACAGGGAAAAGGUCGUUGAUUUCUCUAAACCGUUUAUGAAUUUCGGAAUCAGUAUUAUGAUUAAGAAACCGGAGAUCAUGAAACCAGGGGUAUUUUCAUUUAUGGAACCAUUAGAGACAAAAAUUUGGAUCUGUAUUGUUUUUGCAUACAGUUCAGUGAGUGUUGGAUUAUUCUUGAUUGGAAGAUUCAGUCCAUUUGAAUGGAAUACCUCUAAUAGCGGGCCAAUAGGAGAUCAUUUUGGAAUACUUAACUCCUUAUGGUUUGCCAUGGGAGCCCUUAUGUUACAAGGAAGUGAUUCUUGUCCGAGAUCAUUUUCCGGACGAGUGAUAGGAACUGUAUGGUGGUUUUUCGUGUUGAUUAUAAUAUCUUCAUACACUGCCAAUUUAGCUGCUUUUCUUACAAUUGAACGAAUGUUUGUGCCCAUUGAGUCGGCAGAUGAUCUAUCAUUGCAGACAGAUAUCAAAUAUGGGGUGUUAGUUUCAGGAUCUACAAAACAAUUUUUCAAGAACUCUAAAGUGCCUGUUUAUGCUCGAAUGUGGGCAUAUAUGGAAAGUAACCCUUCUGUCUACGUCAAGUCUAAUGAUGAAGGUAUUGAACGGGUGAAGAAAUCAAAAGGAAAAUAUGCUUAUUUACUUGAGUCUCCGUUAAAUGAGUAUGAAAACAGUAAGGAACCAUGUGACACGAUGAAAGUUGGGCCUAACCUAAAUUCCAAAGGAUACGGCAUAGCUACACGGAAAAAUUCACCGUUGAGUGAUGAAAUGAACAUGGCAGUUCUUAUGUUGAUGGAGAUGUUACCAAAGUUAAAAAGAACUUGGUGGAAGGACAAAGGUGUCUGCGCCAUGAGCUCUGAUUCCUCUGGUAAAAGAGAACUUUCUCUGAGCAAUGUUGCCGGGAUAUUCUACAUUCUAGUUGGUGGUCUUGCCGUUGCUGUUGUUAUGGCCAGUAUAGAGUUUUUAUGCACAAAAACCAAGUUUUUAGAAAAGACGUCUUAUAUUAAGGCUACUGAAACUGUUACAACUUUGCUCAGCCAUGCUUCAAAUGAACGAGAGAAUGGUGACAUCGGUAACGAUCAUUCAAACAACACCAUGAAAUGCAGUGAAAAACAAGAGUCAACGUUUAACUAUUCAACUCCACCACCUUGCAUCGGAUUUGAACACUUUACACAAGGCCAAACAGAAUUGUGAUACAAUUGUUAUACUCUUGAAUGUACAUAAUUGAUUUAUAGAAGUGCAUAUAUUAAUCUCAAAACAACAACGAAGGUCAUAGGCGAAGGUCAUAGGUGCAGAUACAAGUUUGCCAUUGCCAAAAGAUGGGCACCUGCUUGAUGAGUAUCUGUCAAUAAAGAAAAGAAUACGAGAUAUAUGAAACGACACAGACGAUCCAUCAUCCAGUAUGUCUUCAAGACUCUAAUUGUUUCCUGAAAUAGUUAAUGUAAAAUGCAGACGUAUGUAACAGUUUAAAAA